UUAAACAACAACUCCCGUUUAUAUAAAACCCCAAUAAACCAAAACAGAACUGUUCAAGAGAGAGAGAGAGCAAUGGGGUUUGGGUUCAAGAUCGGAUCAACAUUCCGAUUAGCCACCGUAUUCACGUGGUGCCUUCUCAUAGCAUCAUCAUGCUUUCUAUCCACCACAUCAGCAGCCCGGUUCGAGAUAAGAAACGAGAUCGCCAGACACCCAGGACGAAACCGUAGCCUCGCUAUUAACUGUUGGUCGUCGAAUGACAACUUAGGCAUGCAUGCUCUCAGACCGGGCCAAUCCAAAAGCUGGUCGUUCAAGCCAGUAUUUCUCAAGAUACCGUAUCUCUACACAUACUUUGAGUGCAAAUUCUUCACCGCUUUUGGCUCGCCGUAUGGUCAGACCGCUACGGUUUUUGCCGGGGAGAGAUCAUUCAGGUGGAAAUGUGAUAAUCCGGAGGAGGAAGAGUGCAUUUGGGUGGUGAAGAGAGAUGGGCUAUAUCUAAGGAAGAUCACAAGAGACCAUAAAGGCCAAAAGCUCUAUGGAGACGAAUUGAGUAUGACUUGGAUCGGCGGUACUAACUACCACCCGGUACCAGAGAGCCCAUAGUUUUA